AACUGUACAUGUAUGACCGGACGGACGGCUAGAUUUUUGGAACACUCUCUUUGUUUGUCCAAUAAACCCCUAAAAAAUCUCUCUCUCUCUCUCUCUCUCUCUCUCUCUCUCUUUGUCUUCUGGGAGACACUGCACUCUCAGUUGAACCCUGAACAGAAAGACCUCCAAAGACAUGGGAGAUGAUGCUGAAAUUGAAAUUCACCAAGAUGAUGAUUCUGAGCAAAUAUCUAGUGACCCAGUUUGUGUUUUAUCAAGGCAAUCUAAGAACAGGUCAGAAUCCGAAGAACGAUUCCGAUCGGCUACAAAACUAUGUGGACUCGUACUCUUCUGCCUACUGUUUAUAUUGAUUGAGAUUAUUGGAGGAGUGAAAGCAAAUAGUUUAGCAGUUCUGGCUGAUGCAGCACACUUGGUUGCUGAUGUCGUCGGAUUCGGCGUUUCGCUUUUUACAGUCUGGGCAUCCGGUUGGGAACCCACAAAAACACAUUCAUUUGGGUUCUUCAGAUUUGAAGUUUUAGGAGCAUUGUUUUCGUUACAGCUUAUCUGGUUGAUUUCAGGGAUUUUGAUUUACGAAGCAAUUCGUAGAAUCCUAAAUGCAACUGGGACGGUGAAUGGGAAACUCAUGUUUUUCACUGCAGUUUUUGGGUUUGUUAUUAACUUGAUCAUGUUGAAAUGGUUAGGUCAUGACCACAUUCAUCAUCACCACUCCGGUGGCUGCGAAAAUCACCACCACCACCACCAUGAUCACGGAGCCGAAGAUUCAGACCGUAAAGUGAAAGAGGAAAAAAUGAGUCUCAUGUCAAGUUCGGCAGGCGAGCAUAGCUGCAGCGACAUUGAACACAACCACACAGUUCAGCACAAACCGGUUCAAAGUUGGAUCAACUGUGCUCUCAAUGAAUUGAAACAAAAACAUUUAAACAUGAAUCUUCAAGGUGCUUACUUGCAUAUACUCGGUGACCUUAUCCAGUCCAUUGGUGUCAUGAUUGGUGGAGCUGUUAUCUGGGCAAAACCGAAUUGGUUGAUUGUUGAUCUUCUCUGCACGCUUGGGUUUGCUGUCUUAGUUUUGUGUACUACUGUGCCCAUGCUUAGAAACUUAUUAGCCGUACUUACAGAGAGCGUACCGAGUAGUAUCGACAUUGCAGAAGUUGAAGCUGGUCUUGUAGGCAUUAAAGGCGUCCGUUCUGUAUACGACCUGCAUGUUUGGUCUAUGGCAGUUGGCAAGGUUUUACUAUCUUGUAAUGUAGUAGCUGAACAAGGUGCUAACUCAAAAGAAAUUCUUUCAAAUAUCAAAGAGUUUUGCGAACAGACAUAUGAGAUUCAUCAUGUAACUGUACAGAUUGACUAUUAGUUCAAUUGAAACUUAAUGCCGACUUUUAUUUC